AUGUAUCCUUUGAGUCUAGCUACCUGUAGAUUACAGUAUCUAGACCUCUCUGAUAAUUUCCUGACUGGUUACAAUGGAUUAAAUAACUGCUACUAUUUAUCAUAUCUGGACCUUAGUGAUAAUAUUUUUGUUGGUGAGACAGUUAACUGUUCGAAUUUCUUAUGGUUGGAGUACUAUAGUCUAAACGUGUCUAGGCUUUAUUUGGGAUAUUGUACAGAAACUAACUUUCUACGCAAGCCCUCCAAAGCACACAAACAUAUCCUCCUUUUGGUGAUUCUUCUUCCGAUAAUUGUUGGAUUUUGUUUCUUAGUGAUUGGUUAUGUGCUUUACCCUAAUAAAAAGGCUACCACAGAGAAAAGUCAACUUGAAAUACAAAAACAUGGAGAUGUGUGCUCGGUAUUGAGUUACGAUGGGACACUUGCAUUCGAAGACAGAGGACUUUGA